AUGCAGAACCACCUCAAACCUCUCUAUAUAAGGGUCAAAAUCGAACAAGUGGGAGUAAAUAAAGUUCUGGUGGACGGAGGAGCUGCAGUGAAUCUCAUGCCCCAAUUUAUGCUGAAAAAGUUAGGAAUUUUUGAUACAGACGUAAAACCCCAUAAUAUGGUUUUAUCAAACUACGAAGGGAAAAUAGGACAUACUCUGGGAGUGAUUCAAGUGGAUUUAACUGUGAGAUCAAUCACGAGGCCUACCAUGUUCAUGGUGGUACCAAUGAAGGCCAACUACAACUUGCUCCUUGGAAGGGAAUGGAUCCACGGUAUCGGGGCAGUACCUUCGACCAUGCAUCAGAGGGUAUCUAUCUGGAGAGCAGAUGGCAUAGUGGAGAACAUAGAAGCUGACCAAAGUUACUUCAUGAGAAAAGUGAACCAAGUGGAUAAGGAAAACUUCGACCGGAAUCUGGGAAAUAUAAGCCCAUGUAGCCCAGCUGAAGAUGCUUACUCCCGAAACAAGAAUGCUCUAUACUUUAUGAUUCUCCACCCUAAUGGUUUUCAAUGGGAUCGUGAGAUCAUGGGAGACUUUGAAAAGGAAAAAUCAACAGAAACACGGCCUUUAGGCUGGAACGAAGAUGUUGAUUAUUUCUGA